AGGGGAGAGAACAACUCAUUUUUCCAUAGCUUCCUAUCGUCGAUUGACAAAUCUCUUUACCUUGCGUUACUGUACUUUUCCUUCUUUUACCAUAUGCCGGUUUUUCAAUCAGGCAUAGGAGACGAUGACAAAGCGCUAGAUUGAUGGCGUGAUAGUUCAUAGCAGAUAAUUGUAGUUGUCAAACAGAAUCGAGGAAGUACAUAUUGUGAACUUUAAAUAAACAAUUUAUGAAGGAAUAUGUCGUUAGCCGAUGAGUUAUUAGCAGAUCUUGAAGAGAAUGAUGAUAACGAGGACAUCGCAGAAGAACCGGAGCCGGACUUUAUUCCGGCUUCCGUUUCGAAAACCAUCGAAGAAGAAAUAAAAGUAGCUUCUGUAAGAGAAUUGGCAAAGCUUCGUGAUUCAGAACAGUUACAAAAAGUAAUGUUACAAAUAGAAAAAUACAGUAAAAUCCCUAGAAAGUCGGCAGAUAUUAUUGGGCCUGUUGAGUCUGAUCCAGAAUAUCAACUUAUCGUCGAAGCUAAUAACAUGGCUGUAGAUAUUGAUGAUGAAAUAGCUACCAUACAUCGGUUUGCCAGAGAUAAAUAUUCUAAAAGAUUUCCAGAAUUGGAAUCUUUAGUUGUUGGUCCAUUAGAAUAUGUGAUGACAGUUAGAGAAUUAGGAAAUGAUUUAGAUAGAGCAAAAAACAAUGAAACGUUGCAACAAUUUCUUACUCAAGCAACAAUUAUGGUGGUUUCAGUUACUGCUUCAACAACUCAAGGACAAUUAUUAACAGAAGAAGAAAAGGAAGCUAUUUGCGAGGCAUGCGAUAUGGCAGUAGAAUUGAAUAAUUGCAAGUUAAAAAUAUUUGAAUAUGUUGAAAGUAGGAUGGCAUUUAUUGCGCCAAAUCUUUCUGUAAUAGUAGGUGCAUCUACAGCAGCAAAAAUUAUGGGUGUUGCUGGCGGACUGACAAAACUUUCCAAAAUGCCAGCAUGUAAUGUUUUAGUUUUGGGAUCUCAAAAAACCACAUUAUCUGGAUUUUCUCAAGUAACAACUUUACCUCACACUGGAUUUAUAUAUUAUUCUGAUAUUGUACAAGAAACACCACCAGAUUUACGAAGAAAAGCAGCAAGGCUUGUGGCAGCAAAGAGUAUGUUAGCUGCCCGAGUUGAUGCGUGUCAUGAAAGUACAGAUGGUCAUAUUGGUCAAAUGUUCCGUGAAGAAAUUGAGAAAAAGCUCGAUAAGCUUCAAGAACCACCUCCUGUUAAAUUUGUGAAACCUUUACCAAAACCCAUUGAUCCAGGACGAAAGAAACGUGGUGGUAAACGUGUCAGAAAAAUGAAGGAACGUUAUGCUAUCACUGAAUUUAGGAAACACGCAAAUAGAAUGAAUUUCGCAGAUAUCGAGAAUGAUGCUUAUCAAGAAGAUCUUGGUUAUUCGCGUGGAACAAUUGGCAAAGCAGGGACCGGUCGUAUUCGACUACCACAAAUCGAUGAAAAAACAAAAGUACGGAUAUCAAAAACGCUCCAGAAAAAUUUACAAAAACAGCAACAAUGGGGUGGUAGUACAACAGUUAAAAAACAAGUUUCUGGUACAGCAUCUAGUGUUGCAUUUACUCCAUUACAGGGUUUGGAAAUUGUAAAUCCGCAAGCCGCAGAAAAGAAAGUAAACGAAGCCAAUGCUAAAUAUUUUUCGAAUAUAGCUGGAUUUUUAAAAGUGAAAAAGACAUAAGGAGAUUGUACAUAAUAUACAGUGUAAUAUAUCAUUAGUUCAGUAAAUUUUAACAUGUUGAAUGCCACGCCAGUUUUACAAAGUUUGGCCGUUGCACCACGAUGAAUUUUUUAUUAUGCGAAAAUAUAAUGUUGAAAUAUUACCUACAAGAGAUAUAUUACAGUGUAUAAUCAUCAUUAAAAUUAUCUCACUGAUGUCACUGGUGAUCCCCACGACGCUGAAUUUAAAAAAUUCACUUAUUUUUUGCGAUUAUCUAUUAUUUCAUAUUGUUUCUUUGCUUUGUUAAAUAAUUGUUCUGUGUUAUGUCCCAGGAUCCACCAUAAACCAUAAUCCAUCCCUUGAUCAUACUUAUUCGGACCCGCAAUAAUCCUAAAGAACCGUCACAAGAUUUAGCAUUUUUUACUUUAUUGUCAAGGUCCUUAAUUGCCAUCAAACAUCUAUCAAGUCGAAACGUUCCUUAGAGUUAUUGUUCAUUAAACGGGUUUAUUAAAAAGUGGGUUUUUAUCAUGUUCGAAAGCCACUGGUGGGGGGCGCACAUAAUACAUCUAUAUUUUAUAUAUAAAUAAAAUUAUUUUUAUAUGUUUUAUACUGCAUUAAUUUCAUCACGCCAUUGUAGUAACGAUAAUAAUAAUACAAAAUUUAUAACUAUUGACAUUUGUUCAAAUUAUGUACCUCUACUAAUCUUGGUGCGCCAGUCACCGGUGACCCCCAUGGCAUUUAACGUGUUAACUACAUUUGUUAUAUAUAUAUAUAUAUAUAUAAAUAAUCGUGUUUUGUAAACACCAGAUAUGCUGUAUUUAUAUAUAACUGUAUCUUGUAUCAUUUAAAUAAUGACAAAGUAAUAGCAACUAGAACGUUGCGUUAAUAUUAAUUUUUCCGCACAGCAUUCUUUCAAUAUGAUGGGGAAAGUUUAAAAGAACACGUAAUAAAUUUUUGUUUCUUUGUGUUUCUGUACCUCUAGUAUUAAUAAUAAAUUUAUUAGGAAGUAUUAAA